AUGGCUCAAUGUGACACAGUUAAACAAUAUCCACUUCAAAACAAUUGGAAUGUUACAUCAAAUGAUAAAAACGGAUCAAAUGUAACAUUCACACAAAUAUUAAACGAAACUGAAUGUCAAAUCGUAUUAUCAAUUCAAGAAAUAGAAAAUGAUAUUCAAUAUUCAUUUGCAGGUUUAGAAUUCAAAUUAGAUAGCAUUAUAUAA